AAAUCAUCCUGCUGUUUGCACUGUUUUAGCACUUAACUAUAUACUUAACUAAUCACGGGGGGAAACAACUGAAUUCCCGGCACUAGUACCGAUCCGGCACUGCGGGGAGAGCUUCAUCGCGGCGACGAGACAGCGCGCGAGUGGAGAGGGGAGAGAGAAAAAAAAAAAAAGGAGAGAGACAGAGAGAGAGAGAUAGAGAGUGUGUGUGUUAGGAAGAUUGAGAGAUAAUCUCGCAUCCCGGCAUGCGUCUUGCAACGUGAACUCUUCCCUGAAACACAGACUGUCGGAUCGCCCCAGCUGCCUCGGCGCUGGCCCUUGUCUGCGAUGUGAACAGCCUAUGGAGAACGCUGAACCGACUGUCGCCCGCUCUGUAUCAUGGCUGCGCAGCGGCCUCUAGGGCCAAAGCCAUCGGAUUCUUCCUCCUUCGGGAUCCCUCCCACGGGCCCGCCGCCACCCCCUUCGAAUCCACCAAAACCGGCAAAGGGCCCUAGCACACGGAGAGCGUUGAGCUGCCUGCCGUGUCGGCGCCAUAAACUCAAAUGUGACCGCCAGGUUCCGUGCCACUCGUGCACCCGUUACCGCAGAGAGGACCUCUGUCGCAAGCAUCCUGCCCCAUCCUCCCUCCUCGAGGGGGUCCGCGGCGGCCCAAAGGCGCCCACCAAUGCGAUCGCCGCCGUCUCGGACGCCUCCUCCUCUUCCCCUUCCUCCUCUGCCCAGGACGCCACUCCUUACUCCAAUCCAACGUCCAAACCCGGUACAGCUUCCGUCGUCCGGCCCGAGACAACCAUCAAUCCUCCUCCCUCGACCACCAUCAGGGCUGCAGGCACAACUGCUUCACUGCCUCUCGGAAACACUCUGUCUCUGAGGACGUCAACAAGCCAAAACAGCGAUGUCGUUCUGAGGGUCGCCGGCACUUCGACUGCCCCCCGUACCCUUCCCAUCCUUCUUUCGGCCGUUCAGGGCCUUAAUUCCCAGGCUGAAGUGGCUUCGUUUUGGAAAUCGGAGCUCACUGCCUCUUUACCCAGCAAGUACCAGUGUGACUUGCUAACCAUGUAUUACCUCGAGCAUAUCAAUUGGGUCUUUCAUUUCCUUCACUCCCCCUCUUUCCAAGAUGAAUACGCCGCAUUCUGGAACACCAAAGUUCAGGACAUAAAUCUGAUAUGGUUGUCCUUCCUAUACUCCAUCAUAUCCUGUAGCGCAAUCUUUUUGCCCCUUGACGCUGCCCAGAACGCCGGGUUUCCAGGAAGAAGCCUCCGGAACAAAUCCCAUGAAUGGUAUUCAGCCUCCCGCCAGGCUCUCCAUGCUGGCGGCUUUGAAGCUCGACCUACUGUUACUCAGCUCUUGACGUUUCUGAUCACCCAGCUCUAUUGGUUAGCCACAAAAAAUGUCGAAGCAUUGAAUUCCCAUCUCGGCCAAGCUGUGAGGAAUGCCCAGGCACUAGGUCUCGACAGGGAUGUUCCCGGUAAAAACUAUAUCGACACAGAGCUAAGACGGCGUAUUUGGUGGGAACUCUUCAACUGCGACAUCUUCCAAUCAAUGUGCCUCGGCAGGGCUCCCCUGAUAAGUACCAGCCCUUCCAAAGUUCCCUUCCCGGCCCACUGCAAUGAUGACGACAUCACCGAGACCUCGAUCAAGCCCAGACCGAUGGAAGAGCCGACUGACACCACCGCAAACAUCCUUCGUGCCGAAGCCUUCAUGAUAUUUGAAAAACUGUACAACACCGACGUCGAUCUCCUCAGCUCCUAUGAAUAUGUCAAAUCCGUUGAUGAUGAAAUCGCAGACCUCGUUUCCAAAUUUCCUUGGUACUUCCAGAUCGGGCCAAACCGAGAGUGUGCUAUUCUAGGCGAUCAUCUCGAAUUCAUCACCUGGCAGCAUCAUAUGAUCAACAGCUGUAUAUGCAUGCAACGUAUCCGCAUGAAUAGACCCUUCAUCCACACCCGAACGGGAAAUUCCUGGGAAGUUUGUGUCAAGGCUGCCAAUGACGUCCUCGCCGUGUAUAGCAACCUCCGCAACCGCAACGUGGACGAAUUCCGCAAAUCCCAAAAGUUUCUCAUCCAAGGAUACCAGACUUUCUCAGCUGCAGUAUCUCUAGCGGGGUUCUUGCUCGUAGAACGGGCGUUUCCCGCAGAUAAUAUUCGGAAAGACAUUGAGAUGAUAAUUGCGGAUCUCGCAUACACCGACGCCAAUAUAUCAAUUGCGGUGGAUGGAAGGAAGGUCCUUAUCAAAAUGCUGGAAAUGCAUGAUCGCCGUGGCCUCCGUGAACCCCUGGAUCCUGAGACUGUGAUUUCUGAGAUCGCCACGGUAUUUGGAGGCGAACAGUCCACAAGAAAGUACCUAAAACGAUGUGAUAUCGGAUACGUCCUCAACGACGAGCCGGCAACAACAGGUCCGACUGCGGCGGCGGUGCCGGUCUCCACAACGAGGCCUGUCGACCAGACUGUCAGUGACCACGCUAUCGCCGCAACCCACCCACAGGCAAGCAUGGCCCACAUGAUAUCGAUGGGCACGCUUCCUGAGUACAGAGAUCCAUAUUACAAUAUGCCCGAAACGAUCCAAUUUACGUUCGAUGAUAAUUAUAUGAACUGGGACGUCAUGCUGCAGCACAUGUCGUAUUAUCAACAGUAACGGCCUGCACAUGAUUCUUGUUCUGUUCGGCCUUGUUGACCCUUACAUACCAUAUCGUCGUGGUGUAUUACAGAUGGCUAGUUGGAUGCGUACUUCAUUCAUCCUCUUGGAAUAGAAGUCGGCUUCUCCUUGAAUAUUUUGGAAACAGAUCUAUACGAUUAUGCCCUUCUCUAGAGUCGGGGGAACGACCUUUACACAGUCUCCUUUUCCCGGUCCAUCCAAUCCAAAAUCCCGUCAGCUUUGGGCGUCGAUCAUUUGGAUCCUCAACGUGCCCGAAUCGAACUCAAAUUGCCAACGGCAUAUCUAACCGCCAUCCGCGCUUUUGACCACCGUCCAUUGGCUCUUACAUAUCGCCUAUCCCCGAUCGAUCCAAACCGGUUAAAUUCGCUUCUUGGGCUAGUCUUUCGGAGAUGAAAUAGCCCGUAUAUCCAGACAUGUGUCUGGGCGAGCGCCAAUCCUUCGCGGCGUCAAGAGAAAUCACCUUAUACCAUUCGAGAAUAGCAAAAGGCCCUAGUGGAUCAGCCCGGCGCCCUCCGUGCCUUCAUCUCUUCGAUCCAUUUCCGGCUCUUCGGCACAGGCACGACAUUUAUCUUCACCAAGCCAUCCACAAUCUCCACCUUUCCUCCA